UGCAUGAGUGGUGAGAGGAACUCGCUCACCUUUUUUAACAUCUAAGCUCACAUACACCCGUUGUAACUGCCAUCGUUAUUGCAGUGCGGAUAUAAGAUGCACUGGACGCUUUUGGUACACAAUGUGUCUCGUUACCACGCUGAGAUUGGCCUUUAAACAAGCCCUGAACAGCGGGCGGGUCUACAAACAACGCCUGAACGUCUGCGACCCAAGCCCAACACCGGCCGGAGAUGUUCGUGUAGACUUCGAGCAAUAUGUGCGAUUAUUGUCAGAUUGUGAGUGGACUACUUUCCAGAGAGAUGAAAGAGCGUACAGGGGGACACUGGACACAAAACUGCUCCAGGUAAGAUCUAACUUUGCUGUUACUCUCGGAGGCGCAGAGAAGUGGGGCAGACUGGUGACAAUCCUGACCAGCGCUUUUUUCAUUAAUGGAAUAUUCUCCGCGACGCAACGAAACUCGCGUCCCUACGGAUUCCAGCUUCUGAAAUAUGUCGCCAGAAUCCUGAAGAAAUUCCCUCUUUCUGCCAACUUCCCGGUGGACCUUACAGCUGACUCGCUGACACCUUGGAUAGAAAUGCAGCUUCGCUUCAUCCGUGAGAGAAUACAACCAGCGCUGCGGGCCGCCGGGACAGAGACACAACGGCAGCAAAGGAAAGUUUCCAGGAACAAGCUGGCAUAUCUCUGGCAACACCGCAAAUCAAAGGCAAUCCAUAUCAUUUUAAAUAACAGCUGUUUUCCGGAAACCCCGCCCACUGUUAGUGAUACAGCCAAUGUGUAUGACUACUAUAAAGCCAAAUGUCAAACUGUGCCGAGGGCUACUCCCCUGGCCACGCCCCCUUGGUACCAUUUCAUUGACAGAAUAGAGCCAGGUUAUUUCCCAGAUACCCAGGAUUUUACAACAGAGGAGGUGGAUGCAGUUCUGGCUUCUCUUCCUAAUAACAAGGCUAGUGGAUCUGAUGGGGUCAUCUAUGAGACGCUGAGAGCUACCAGACCCACGUCAACACAGACACUCACACACAUCUUCAAUGCCUGCCUGAUCAAUGAGAAGGUGCCUGCUUCAUGGAAAGGGGCCCUCAUUCACAGGAUACCAAAAAAGGAAAAUGUCCCAGAUGAGCCUUCCACUUGGCGUGACAUUUCACUAUUGCCCACAGUAUACAAAGUCUUUAUGAAGUGCCUACUCACCCGCAUCUUACUCUGGCUGGUGGACACAGGGAUUCUCUCCCCCCAUCAGAAAGCAUAUAUCAACAGACAGGGAAUGAACGAACAUGUGUUUUGCUUAAAAACCGGAAUGGAUGAUUUCAAACAUGGAUCAUCUAAAUUCUACAGUGUUUUUGGACUUUAGAGACGUGUUUGGUACACUCUCCCAUGAGGUGAUGCUACAAGCAUUAGAGGAAAUACACCUGCCUCAGCCUUUUGUGAAUAUUGUAUCCAAUGUGUACCAAGGUUCAUUUCUCCAGGUUAUCUGUGGGCAGCAGCUCACAGAGCCGAUUGCACUGAAGGUGGGAAUAAAAACUGUCUGUCCCUGGAGUGCCGUGAACUUCAUCCUAGCACUCAACCAAUGGAUGAAGUGGAUUUACCAGUGCGCUCCGCUGCAUGUCAAAUCCCCAAAUCCUGUUCAGGGAUACGCUGACGACGUGCAGGUGUCAUCACGACAAGAGGAUGUCAUCAUUAACAUGCUGGCGCGCACUGAUGAGUUCCUCCAAUGGUCAGGGCUGGAGGUGAAGCAAGCUAAGUGUGCCGUACUCCAUGAGCGCCGCAGUGGAGGCAACCGCUGGUAUAAGGCCAAGAACGACAAGCCCCCCUCCUUUCUUGUAAUGGGCCAACCCAUUAAGGUGUAUUCCCGUAAUGAGACCUACCCAUACCUUGGCCACAGGUUUAACAUCGCUGGCGAGUGGGGGGAGCAGGUCGAGGAGCUCACUACAGAGUUUCUCCAUCGUCUCCACCUGAUUGACUUGUCCCCCCUCCCCGUCUUCAUGAAGUUCCAGGCUGUGAGAGAGGUGGCUUUGGCUAAAAUUCAACAUCUCUUUGCCAAUGUACACAUCCCUCUCAAGGCACUGAGAGAAAUGACAAACAAAACUGUCCAGCUGGUCAGAAAGUGGGUGGGCCUCAACACACACUCCACACGGUGCAUCAUCUUUCUCCCAUGUGGAGAGGGGGGGCUGGGAGUCCCCAAUGUCGAGUGGACCUACAUAGCCACCAGGCUAGCCCACCUGAUCCACAUGCUUAACAAUGAUGAUGUCACCGUAAGAGAAAUGGCCAGGGCCUCUCUCCUGCUGGAUCUACAAAGAAGGAAGAUCCCCCUGGCCAGCGCAGACCAGAACAACUUCCUUGGCUUCAGAAGGAAAGACUCUGGGAAACUGGACUCUCAGGCCAGGGGCUUCGGGGUCUGGUCUGACUGGCCAGAUCUCAAUGACCUCUGCAAUCGGACUGGAGUCCAGCUGAAAUGGACAAGACUCAACACACAGACUGAAGUCCCCGUCUCUGAUGAACUGAUCGCUGACCCCAGUGUGGUUGUGAAGGCCGACAUCACAAAACCUCAGGAAGAGACUGUGGAACUGCACAGAGACUCUGCAAGGAGGGUUCUGCUCAGCACGAAGCAGUCUGAGAUCAGGCAGCACUGGUAUGGACUCGGACUACAGGGAAAGCUAGCCUGUUUGGGGUUUGCUGACCACUCAGUCUCACACUCAGUGUUUAAGAAUGCCGCUGUUGGUGAGGAUGUUCUGACAUUUACCAUCAAAGCAAGACUGCAGGGGGGCAAAGGUCUUUACAUGCAGCUCAAUGCUACUGCCCCAAUUCUCACCUUGUAUGCCAACCCUGAAGCCUGUCUAAAGAAGGACUUUAGAGUUAAGCGCUCUAGUGUGGUUUAUUUAGUGCAGAUGCUUUCCUCCCCAAAGGACCACGGAUGGGGACAAGACAUCGAGGUGCUUGUUCUCCUCUACAGCUUGGCCCAUGGACUAUCGCUCUCUGUGGUGGGUUCAGCAUUCGGGAUUCCCAAAUCGACGGUCCACAGGAUCAUCAAACACGUCACCGGGAAGAUAAAGGCCAACCUGAAGAUCCUCAUUUCCCUGCCAACCUCAGAUGAGCUGCCAGAGAUUGCAGAUGGCUUCUGUCAGCUUGCAAAGAGUCCUGCAUUUCACCGUGCUGCUGGUGCGAUUGAUGGAUGCCAUAUUCACAUCAAACCUCCAGGAAACGAGUACCACAAGGAGUACAUCAACUACAAGCUGUUAUAUCUCUCACAGAUGCAGGCCAUCUGUGACUCAACUGGGAGAUUCCUGGAUGUCUUCAUCGGCUAUCCAGGCUCCGUUCAUGAUGCCAGAGUACUACGAAACAGCCCCAUCUUCUGCCAGGCACUGUUUCCCCCAGCUGGUUGGUUCCUCCUUGGGGACGGUGGUUAUCCCUGCCUGGAAAAAACAGUGGGAUUACGCACACCCUACAAGGUCCCUCGCGGCCAGGUGCAGGCCAGAUUCAACGCGCAUCAUGCCAGGGCUCGGUCUGUGGUGGAAAGAGCAUUUGGAAGGAUGAAGGCUCGCUGGAGGGCCACCCUUUUCAAAGCGCUGGAGGUCAGUCCAAGCUUUGCCCCUGACAUAAUUGCAUGUUGUGCAUUUCUGUGCAUAGACCUGAACGAUGUCCUUGAGGAUGCUGAAGCCUUCCCCCCUGGGACCAGAAUCCUCCCCCUGCCGCAGCAUGUGGACAGGAAAGUCCUGGACACCACCUAA